AUGCCUGAGCAUGGAGAACCAGCCGAGGCAUGGCCCCGCGGCACGUUCGCGACAGCGAAGCAAUCCUUUGGCGAUCUCUUCCGUUGGAAGCAACGCACCCAAAUCACCAACGACUAUGGCGAGUCGCACUUUGUCUGGCAGAAUCCCGAGCCACUCAAGAACCCGAUCAGUCUAUUUGGUCAAUUGACCGCAAAGGCAUGGCUCUUCUUCAUUGUCGGCCUCCUGGCCUGGACUGCGGAUGCAUUCGACUUCCAUUCCCUUUCCAUCCAGACCGUCAAGCUGGCAAAGUACUACGACACCUCCAAGACCAAUGUCACCACCGCUAUCACCCUGACUCUGCUCCUGCGAUCCGUCGGCGCAGCUUUCUUCGGCGUUGCAGGUGACAAGUAUGGUCGGAAAUACCCCAUGGUGAUCAACAUGAUUGUGCUGGGCGUCUUGCAGAUAGCUACCAUCUACUGUGCGACCUUCGGCCAAUUUCUUGCCGUACGUAGUCUGUUCGGCCUGUUCAUGGGCGGCGUCUACGGCAAUGCCAUUGCUAUGGCGUUGGAGAACUGUCCCGGAAAUGCCAGAGGACUCAUGUCUGGUAUCCUGCAGCAAGGCUAUUCGUUGGGCUACGUGAUUGCUGCUUGCGUCAACUUGGGCAUUGGAGGCUCGACCGACUCCUGGAAGACGAUGUUCUGGGUUGGUGCUGGCUUCUCGAUUGCUGUAGGCCUGAUCAGGCUGGCAUUCCCUGAGUCGAGACAAUUCAUUGAGGCGAAGAAGGCUGGUGUCAAGGGGACGAGUGCGGGUGCGUUCUGGCAGGAGUCGAAGGUCAUGCUGCGUAAGGAGUGGCGGAUGUGUGUUUACUGCAUCAUCUUGAUGACUUGGUUCAACUACUACUCGCACACGUCACAGGACAGCUACACGACAUUCAUGCUCACGGAGAAGGAGCUCUCAAACGCACCCGCCACUCGCGCCUCCAUCCUCAUGAAGACCGGCGCUUGCGUUGGCGGUACCAUCAUCGGCUACCUCUCGCAAUGGAUUGGGCGUCGUCGUGCCAUGCCAUCUCUGCCAUCAUUCUUCAUGCAAUUCUUUGUCCAGGGUGCCUGGGGCGUAAUCCCUAUUCACCUCAACGAAUUGAGCCCUCCUGCCUUCCGCUCCUGUUUCGUGGGGGUCACCUACCAGAUCGGCAACAUGAUCUCUUCCCCAUCAGCACAGAUCGUCAACGCCUUGUCCGAGUCCCACUUCCUCACGGCACCCAGCGGCGACCGCGUCGAGGCUUACGGCCCAGUGAUGGGCAUUGCUACUGUCAUCAUCGCUUUGGGCAUUGCGGUAACAGUGGCGUUUGGUCCGGAGCACAAGGGUAGCAGGUUCGAGUUGGCGAAGCCGGCGGGUGUGCAGGAGGAGGAGGUUAGAGGCAAGUUGGGCAGUGAUGCUGGGUUGGAGAGGGGUGAGGUUGAGAAGGCCGUGCCGUCUCAGUUCGAGAAUGUUGAUUUGGAGAGGCGUGUUGGUGAGAAGGUCUAA